CGCGUGAGUAUGAGUCUAGUAUGUUCGAUACAAUGUGAUACAAUAUCUGUACUAAUCGAUGAUAACUUACUGAUUGGAGAUAAGUUCCCGUUCGAAGUUCACACAUCACGUUUAGAGGUCUAGUUUUACAUAGUUUUUGUCUCAGCAUUGAAAUCAAAGGCGUUGAAGAUAUAAUACUAUGAUUUUCCGUGAGGUCCAGCUAGUGUUGUUCACUAUUUUAUUAUGCACAGACCAAGUUCAUGGCACUGAUUGCAAAAAGAAAGAUUUUUCCGAGAGUUCGUUUGUGUGUGAGUGCACAGCGAAUUAUUGUGAUGACAUCGACCAGGAUUUCGAUGCGUUGCCAGGGCAAUACAUCGCGUACACGUCGACUAAAGAUGAACUUCGACUGAACAGGACCACUUCAAAGUUAGUUCCCGACACAGAUGAGUCUGGUGAUCUGCGUUUGACAAUCAACCGUACAGCUCGUUACCAGAAGGUGCUUGGUUUUGGAGGAGCCUUCACAGAUUCCGCUACAAUUAACAUAAUGAAGCUGUCGGAAUCUGUACAAGAGCACGUUCUCAAUUCAUAUUUUUCAAAAAAUGGUAUUGAAUAUAACAUGGGAAGAAUUCCAAUGGCAAGCUGUGAUUUUUCGACCAGAAAUUAUUCAUACGAUGACGUCCCUGGAGACUUUAACCUCACCAACUUUGCGCUUGCAAUGGAGGACCUAACAUACAAGAUACCGAUUAUUAAGAGGGCGGAGGCAGUAGCUAGUCGACCAAUCAAACUUUUUGGUAGCCCAUGGGGACCACCGUUUUGGAUGAAAACCAAUCAAGAUAUGACCGGAGGAGCACCUCUGUAUGGCGAACCUGGGGGGAAAUAUUACAAAACAUGGGCUUUGUACUUUGCUAGGUUCAUCGAGGAAUAUGCUAAGAAAGAUGUAACCAUCUGGGGGUUGACUGGGGAAAAUGAACCGACAGCAGGGGAGGUGGAGCGUUACCUCUGGCAAUGCUUGUACUUUAAUGCGUCGAUGCAAAGAGAUUUCAUCAAACUAGACCUUGGACCUCAACUAGCUAAAAGUGGAUUUAGUGACGUCAAAUUGAUGAUUUUAGAUGAUCAACGCUUCUUGUUGCCCGGAUGGGCUGAAACAGUACUGAGCGACGAAGAAGCCGCCCAGUACGUGUCUGGUAUCGCAGUACAUUGGUAUUACGAUGAUUUAUUCCCGGCAAGCGUCUUAACGCAAACCCACGAACUCUUUCCUGAUUACUUUAUGCUGGGGACAGAGGCAUGCGAGGGAUACCUUCCCCUUGACCGUGCUGUGAUACUAGGGAGCUGGGAACGCGGUGAAGCUUACUCUAAGGAUAUUAUCGAGGACAUGAACAACUUUGUCGCUGGAUGGGUUGAUUGGAAUCUAGUUCUUGAUAUGGAAGGCGGUCCCAACUGGGUUUCAAACUUUGUAGAUGCACCGAUCAUCGCUGACCUGGAAAAUGACGUCAUCUAUAAACAGCCUAUGUUUUAUCAUUUGGCUCACUUGAGUAAAUUUGUAGAACCAGACUCUGUGCGUAUUGGCGUGACAACAAAAUGUACUGCCACCAGCGGCUGUAAUAAGUUCGACAGCAUUGCCUUUGAAUUACCUGAUGAAUCCGGACGAGUUGCUGUCGUUGUUUCUAACCGGAACAAUAAACAAGCUGACAUCAAAAUUUGUGAAACUGAGGUUGGAUGUAUACGCACAACCGUCGCCUCUCGCUCCAUCCAAACCUUUAUUUACACCAACAAGCCGGCAGAUUCAACAUCAACUCUUUCCUUCUCUUAUUUCACCACGUUUUUGGGGCUUUUGAUGUCGAUAUUCUGGAACUCUUAGGCAAUUUUAAGAACAAAAUUACUUCUGUAUUACCUAUAUUUACAGGUCACUGUUUUAAUCAGUUCUGUUAGUUGAUUCUUUAGUUUUCAUUUGUUUAUUUGUUGUAUGUAUUCAGUGGCGUAACGAGUCAUAGGCCUGGGGGCGACUAAAUGUUGGGGCCCCGUGCCAGUAAAAUAUUUUCACUCACAAAGUGUCCGGGGUGUGGAUAAUGUUCCAACUAAAAACAAAUAUCUGAAAAUAUGUCAUUGAAGUACUCAUCAACUAUUGAGUAUUCAACCAUAAAUCAAACUUUGUGUUCACACAAAAAAUUGUUAAUUGUGCAUCGUCAUUCAAAUAUGAUUUAUUUUAUUUAUUUUUUGGUACUGUAUUUGAUAUUGGUAAAAGCCUCUUCGGAGCUCCAUCGUUUUAUUUAUAUUUAUUUAUAAUGUACCAUUCGAACAGCAGACCAACACUGGGUUUCGGAUACCCUUUUGACUGAGGUCCCGGGGCUACACCCCAGAAAGCUCACGGGCGUUACUCCACUGUAUGUAGUGUAAUUGUGCUGUUAAGUGUCAUGGAAGAAGUUCGGAUUUAGUGUGAAUGCACAUUGUUAAUUUAAUCCUGCUUGACGUCAGUUCACACGAUAACUUUUUUAUGCUUUUAUGUUAGGCUAAGUUGUUUCAAAUGUAAGUUUUGAAAUGUAAAUUUUGGAUCAAAAUUUACACACCACUGAAACAUUCUGACGUGAUGCGGGUAUCUUUUUUUUCGGAGUACAAUACAUCAAGAUUCAGAUUCAAAGGGUUUACCUUGGUUGUCGUGUCGAGACCUAAUUCAUCUUUAUAGGCCUACUAAUGCUCACCUUCCCUCUCCCCUUCACGUAUUUCCUGAAUAAGGAGUUGCGAAGCGCCCAUUGAAAGGCAAAGGUCGGCUUGAACGAAUGGAUCGCAUUUGUUUAAUGAAAGAUAGAUCAACAUUCUUUGUAGUUGUACUACUCGUCUGUGUUAUACAUUAGCGACUAUGAUAAUAAAGUACCGAAAACUGCGACAA